CUUUAUCGAUCAGACAUAUUCAGUCCGUAACAAGACUUCACAGCAAAAUGAAGGCUCUUCUGGUUUUCGCCGUUUUGGUCGCUACUAGUUACGCUGCUGAGCAAGAAGUGUUGUCUUUGGAAUACUCGAAAGCAGUUUUAGGAGAACUACGCAAAUGUAAAGCACAAUUUCCGAGCAUCACUGAAGAGGAUUACCGAUCGUUGAUUACCGAUAAAAAACUGCCAACCACGAGAGACCAAGAGUGCUUUGCGAAGUGCUAUGCCACAGAAAGGGGAUACUAUAAGGGACCUGGUAAUUUGGACCUUGUAAAACUGAAAACGAAUAACGCUGAAAAAUAUAAGAUUCCUGAGAAUCUCCGUACUGCCAACGAGAUAGACGACGUCUGUGUUAAGAAAGCCAAAUCAGUGACUGAUGAUUGUAAAACCGUAACGACAUUCUACGUGUGUAGGGCGACGACAGCCAGGGAAAAAGGCUUUAAGUUCGCGAAAUAUCACCCAGAUGCUACGGUUUGAUUGUUCUGUACCAGCCUGUUUGAAUUACAUGAUGUUUAUUGAUAAAAGUUGUAAUUAAACGUUAUGUUUGAAUAAAGUUUUCCUUGUUUUCAUUGCAAAA